UCUAUAAUACCCACCAAAUUUAUUGCUAUUUAUUCCCACCCAACAACUUGCACUACUAAAAUCAAUCUCUUUUGUUUCAAGCUAAUCUACUUUUCUCUUUGUUUUUCAAUGGGGGCUGAUCAAAACUGUGAUGAAGAUAAGAUUACUACAACAAAUUCUCGUUCCAUAAAGGUUCAUCGAUCUAUCUGUUCUUCGCUGAUUAAAGUUGUUGAAAGAAUUUCAACAAUACUUCCACAGAUUGAAGAAACUCGACCAGGCUCUUCAUCUGGGAUUCAAUCUCUUUGUUCUUUGAAGAAUGAACUAGAUAAAGCCAAUUCAUUGUUUAACUAUUGUUCAGAUUCUAGUAAACUAUACUUGGCUUUAACCGGGGAUGUAAUACUGCAAAGAUUUACAAGAAUCAGAAACUUAUUGAAUCAAAGUUUAAACCAGAUUCAGUAUAUAGUUCCAGUUCAGUUAGCUACUGAGAUAUCAGUUAUAAUCUCUGAUCUCAAGAGGGUGAGAAUCGUCUUGAAUUUGUGUGAAGAGGAGGCUGGUAAAACGGUGAAAGAGUUCCUGAAGAAAGGAUUAAUAUCAUCAUCUGAAUCAGAUGUAAAGGAAGCCAUUGAUGUGAUGAGAUUCGCAGCUUCAAGGCUGAGUAUUGUAUCGGAAAAAGAGUUGAUGAUCGAGAAACGUUCAAUAAGGAAGCUUAUUGAUAAAGUUAGUGCAGACCAGUCAACUAAAAUGAACAUCUUAGUAUAUCUAUUGAACCUGCUUAAGGAUCAUGGUCAAACGAUUGUAACGGAUCUAACAGACAACUACGUGCCAAACGAUGAUAGUAAUGAAAACUUCUCGUUUACACAGGAAUAUGGAUCGUUUAAUGUCGACUCUUCUUUGUCUUGCACAUCUCUUGCCAGCUUGAGAGGUUGCUUCAACAAUUUAGCUCUUGUUCCUGGAGAUAUGAGUAGUGUGUCGCUAAACGAUAAUUAUUCAAAUCAUUUUCACCCGGAAACUGUGGAUGAAUCGAAAAACAAUCUGCUUGUAGAAAACCUAGAUUCACUUCCUUGGGAAUUACAGUGUUCUGCUGUAGAAGAUCUCGAGAAACAAAUGCAACACAAUCGUUCAACAGAUGAUAUCGUCGAUCCUCUUAUUAAAUUCGUGAAGGAUGCAUUUGGUUUCCAGGAUUCGAGGGCACUGAAAAUCGGUUGCAGGCUGUUAUCAACAUGUUUCAAGACAUUCAAAAGGAGUUCGUCGAAUUUCCAGGCGUAUGAACUUUUGGCAUCGCUUCUGGAUUCUGGAGCGACGGAAGAGGCCUUGUCUAUAGUAGAAUCAUUAUCGUGUCAUGAAGAUUGCAAGUAUACAAUAGCAUCAUCAACUGUAUUUUCUUCGGUUCUGAAAUUGCUGGUGGAAUCAGAUUCCAGACAAAUUCAGAAAUCAGCAAUCCUGAUAUUAAAGAAUUUGUCGUCGAACAAAGAUACUCAUUCCUUCAUCGACUCUUCUAAUCUCAUCCCAACGUUAAAUCGUUUAUUCGAAGGAGACAUGGAUCUUGCAGCAAAUAUAAUAACUGUGUAUGACAAUUUCUUCCAAACAGAAGAAGGAUUCACAGCUGUUGUUGCUGAAACAGAUGGAUUCAUCAGUCAGAUCGCUAAGCUACUCGAGUUUGAAAGCAGUGAGGUCCAAGAACAUGCAGUUUCUGUCCUCCAUACUCUCUGCAAACGGAAAGGUCAAAGUUGUCAAUUGGCGAAGAACGAAGACAUUAUUCCUUCCUUGGUCAUCAUAUCAGCUAACAGCAAUGAGAGAGUGAAAGAGAUGGCGAUGGUGGUGCUCCAGGGGUUCCAAGAUGAUGCCGAAGUCCAAGUCGUCCACGAAGAACAACCACAACCACAACAACAUAUUGAGAGAAGCUGUGAAAAGCAAUUCAUUGAAAAGAAAUCAUCUUGCAAAAGAACAGUUCUUGGUAUGAGAAUACCCUUGUUCUCGAAACGGCCAAGCUCUUUAGCUCGAAAAUGACAUAAUUCAGUGUAUAUCUUCAGUGUGUUCUAAAUCUAUCAAUUAAUUUGUUUGUAAAGAUGAUAAUCUGGUUUGGCUAUGUUUGUGCACCCUGACAUGAUUUCUGACUGAA